ACUGUUAGCAGUGCAGUAAAUUCAUUGCUCGUUGCUAGCCAAUACAAUUUGAAUAGACUAGACUGAACUUGCUGACCUUUCAAGAGUUACCAGACCGGGCAGAAAUUGUUGUUGCAGCCCUGAUCUGAAUUUUACCAUCACUAAAUGUAACAAUCGAAUCGUACAAUCUGAACAUGCAGCCAAAGUAGUGAAAAAAACUGUUUAACAAACACUUAAAUGGUGUAUUUUUAAAGAGUUCAAGCCUCAAAAUUAAAUGUUUCGCGCUAUCGCUAAGCCAGCGAAGAAGCAGCAGCCACUCCCCAUACUCGCCCAAGUCAACUGAGAGUACUAAUUCUAUAAUUGUGGCCUCCUCCUGCGCCACCGCCACCGCCUCGUCCACCUUCUCCUCUCAGCCUGUCCACGAUGACGGAUGGUGAACAGCGGGAGGCCUUGGUUAGGCGUGCCGAGGACGAGCGCGAGGAGAUUGUCAAGCGCUACGAGCUGGGCCUCGAUCCCACCAACAUUGUGGAUCCGUGGGAGAAUCCCACAUUCGAAAUCUAUCACAUAACUGACAAAUAUGGCUUUAUGCACGACUCCCGCCUGCCCACCACGCGCAACUCUCAGGAAAUGCAGCUAACCAAGAUUGAGCUCGAGCGUGAUAAAAAGUGGAUGAAGAUGCUCGCCAAGUGGCCGCCACCUCAGGACAAGCUGCACACACGUGUGUACAAGGGAAUCCCCAAGGCCGUUCGCUGGCCAGCCUGGAAGAAGCUGCUCAAUGUCGACCAGUCGAUGGCCAACAAUGUCGGCGUUUAUCCCCGUAUGCUCCAGCUGGCCAAGAAAUACUCCACGGAGACGCGCCAGAUCGACGCCGAUGUGAAUCGCCAGUUCAGAGACAAUCUUGCCUAUCGGGAGCGCUACAGCAUCAAGCAGUGCUCGCUGUUCAAUGUGCUCAAUGCUUAUAGUAUCUACAACUCGGAGCUGGGCUACUGCCAGGGGAUGGCUUGCGUGGCUGGGGUGCUGCUGCUAUUUAUGCAGGAGGAGGAGGCCUUCUGGGCCCUAAAUACACUGAUGACCGACCAAAAAUAUGGCAUGCACGGACUGUUCAUUGAGGGAUUCCCCAAGCUGACGCGCUUCAUCGACCACCACGAUCGCAUUUUGUCCAAGAUCAUGCGCAAGCUACACAAGCAUUUCACCAAACACAAUGUAGACGCCCUGCUCUAUGCCAUCAAGUGGUUCUUCGUGGUCUUCGUAGAGCGGGUCCCAUUCAGUCUGAGUCUACGCGUGUGGGACAUAUUUCUGUUGGAUGGUGAUCGAGUUAUUCUGGCCAUGGCCAUCACCAUUCUAUAUCUGCACAAGGAUGAGCUGCUCCGCAUGAAGGAUAUGGACGCCAUCAUUGAGUAUCUGCAAGUGAAGCUCCACAAGAACUUUGGCUACUCUGACGACGACGCCAUACAUGCCCUCGAACGUGUGAUGAAGAAGCUGAAGGACUUGAAGCUUGAUGCGCCGCCACCAGCCAAAUCGAACGAGUUUCCCUCGCGCACCUUGGGCGAUUUCGUCGAGGCGGAUUUGGAAAAGAAAAUCGGACGUAGACGCAACGAUUACUCAGACACGGAGAAGCAAGUCAUAACAGAUGUGAUAUCAAGACAAGAACAGAAUGCAAUUGAUGUGCAAUCGACGGUGUCCUAUGAGACUUCGGAGUGCGCUACGGGUGAUGCAUACUCAAUGAAAACCUAUCAGAGUAUCACUAGCUUAGCCACCUCGCCGGCAAAUAGCAGCUACUCGCUGUACAGCAGCGGAUACGUGGUGACCACUAUUGAGAAUGCCCACGACCACAAGCACGACCCCAGUCGCAGCCAGAGUAUCCACAAUCUCACCUAUCUCAACUCUCAGCCGCCGCAGCAUGCCCUUCCCAAUGGGUUGCAGCACAUGCGGCACAGCUUCAGCAGCGAUAGCGACAGUCGCAAUCGCCUCGAUCUGGAUCAGGCACUGGAGGCGCUCCAGAGACAACAGUUGUACAUGCACGUGAAGCCACAACCAGCACUAGCAGCUGGCCCCCGGGAGCUGGAGCGGGGUCUUUAUAUCGUGCAGAAUGGAGACAGGCAUAUGGAUCAACAGCAGCCAAAUGGUGUCCAUGUUAAUGUCAAUGCCAAUGCCAAUGCCACUGAUGCUGAUGAUAAUGAUGAUGCGUUGAGCGUGGAGAACACGCGCCUUUAGUUUUUAGUUGAUUUCUAAUAUUUAAUCUUUCUUUUUUUAGUUAAUGUCUUCCUUUAUGGUUUGUAAAACGCAUUUGCCAACUGCAAUUCCAAUCCCCCAUUGCCCACAAUGAAAAUUUUCACAUACUUAGCUUUAAUUUUUGUAUUUUCACCGCGUUGCAACGGGAAAACUGAAUUGUUAAUCAUUUUCUAGCGUUAAUCAAUGUUUGUAUUUAGUUUUUUUCUACUUUUAUGUGUUGCCUCCUCCUCCACACUCUUUGAUAUUAAAUACCUACUUACAUAUGUAUUCCAAACUGAUAACUCCUAAGAUUCCAACGAUUCCAACGUGUGAAACUACGUACAACGAUUAAUAUUUAUUGAUAUCUAUCCGCCUAACGACCUUUCCAAACUACUUUGCACCUACUUUCCCAUGCAUUUACUCAUACAUUUAUUGCAUACAUAUAUUAUUAUCGCUUUACGAAAGAAACUCAAAUUUAGUUUACCUUAAAGCCAAAUUGAAAUGGUAGUUGUAAUUUGAUUAGCCAAUAAUUAUACCAAUAUGAUUAUAUAUACAACAUACGAGUACGAGUAUACCGAAUCCCUUUACGUACCGUACCGUACCACACAAAUAAAUAUAAUUUUAUACUGAAAAUGAACUCACCUGCCAGCAUGAUUAAUGAAUAUUGAUUAUACCUACCCGAAUAUACAUAAAUAGGGCUACCUACACAUUUAUUUCCGAUUCGAUAUUUGUAAUGCAAGAACGUGUUUCAGAUUCAGAGAUCUACUGUAUGAAUCCGAUUUUUGCACCACCUCACAAACACCACCACCACUUCGUACAACCACAACAACACUAACACCGCUAACAACAAAAACUUCACAUUUACACCUCAAUCACAUCCUCAACUCAACUCAACGAAAACUAAAUGAAAUUUUCAAAAACCAAACUUCUUUCCAACGCAUUGGCCACACAACGAACUGGGAUUGGGUUCUGUUCGAUAAUUGACAAAACAAACAAAAACUAA